AUCGAUCGACGAGCCAUUUCUCGCUGGGGAUGAGCGUUUAAGCAGAAAAAAAGAAACUGGGAACUGUGUAAAAUCGAGGUACGACCUUGCGGAAGAGAUCGGUCGAUAUGCAGGUAUAUCGACGCGUACCUGACCAACUUCAAGAGCGAUCGUCAUCGGCAACGUGUCAACGGUAUCGUCCGCUUCGUUGUGCACGAAGCGGGCGAUCGGUUUUCCCCCUCGAACGAUUCGAAUCGAAGCCCGCGUUCGGAGAAUCGUGUGGGCCCACCGGUGUACGUACGCACCGUCGAGAUUGAUUAUGCCGCUCCUGCUUCCCAGAAAUGUCACGGUAACGCGGGGCGCAUCAGCCGACCGCGGUCUCGCGUAAACAGACGGGAAUGCGUCUGGCCUGACGACCGCGAUGCAGUCUGACAUCAUGGAGGAUUUGAAGAUAAAAUUUUUCGACCUCAUUAACAAGCAGAACGCGACCAAGGUGCCGCUUAUGGGUUUGAAUCCCGACCUGCUUAAUCCGCCCGACUUGCAAAAGUGCGAGGACCUCUGCUCCGAGGCUGAUCAAUCGACAGAGAGCGAGCCUAUACCCGACCAGGAUGUGCUGGACUCUAUCGAGGACGUUUACUUCAACACCGAUGGCAGUUUCGAUUCGCCGCGCUACGAACUGAGGAAACUGCCGGCGACGUUGCACUCUAAGGAAAUCGAGAAAUGUUAUAAGAAACUCAAGCAGCAGCAGCAAGUUGUCUCGAAGAAGGUGUUGCAGCUCAUAUUGCAGAAGCAGAGCUCGUGUAAGGAGGAAUUUGAAAAGAUUCACCUGCUGCAGGAACAACUGCAGGACGUCUUAGAAAUAUGUAAGAUGGGAAGGGCAGAUCUGCAGUUAGCCGAGGAACAAUUUACCAAAGCGAGUUUAGGUAUAUUAGCUAAUUAUCAGAGGCGACAAGUCACCCAAGAACUGUUGAAUAAUUUAAACACGAUAAAGACCCUGCAAUGUACGGGGGAUCGUUUGAAAGAGCUUCUGGACGAAGGGAAUUAUCCUGGAGCCAUAUCGCUUCUUUUGGAGUGCCAGAGUGCCGCUCAGACUUACAAGCAUUUCCAAUGUAUCGCUGAGCUGAAUACAAACUUACAAAAUAUUUUAGAUCAAGCGGAAAGGACCUUAGACAAUACGCUCUCUAAAAUGUGCAUUGAAUUCGAUGUCGCGGUGUAUUCUUCAAUUCAGGAAGCGUAUACGCUACUAGGAAAGACCCAGUCUGCCAUGGAUCAGUUGCACAUGCAUUUCACUGCUGCCAUUCACAACACGGCGUUCGCAGUUAUCCAUCGCUAUGCGGGUGGCGACGUGAAAAGACAAUACAAACAAUUGUGUCAGGCUGUGCCCCGUGAGAAAUGUAUAGCUUGCCUCACGGAACUGUGCAAAUCAUUGUGGACAAUACUGACUUCGUACCAUUUAAUUGUAAAUUGGCACAACGCGCAAGAGGAUAAGGUCGACUGUAAGUCCGAUGUUAAGGAUUUAGAGGCGACUUUAAGCAAGCAAUAUGUCAAGCACAAAUUGGAAAACGGCAUGGUCCGAGUGUGGCACGAUGUGGAGAUGAAGAUAUCGGUGUAUCUGACGAACACAGAUUUGACUAAUACCAAGUUCGAGCAGUUUGUCCAAGUAUUGGGUGUAGUUAACAGGUUGAUGGAAAUCGGGGAAGAUCUCUGUGGCUUCAAAUCGGAGAACUUGCAAGAGUCCAUAAAGCAGCAGUCCCUGUCGUACUUUUCUCAUUAUCACGCGUCUCGUUUGGAUGAAUUGAAAAUAUUUUUGGAACACGACGGCUGGGAGUUGUGUCCUGUGAAGUCCGAUUUCAUGGCUACUCAAUUAAUGGAAUUUCGAAGCCUGAAACCUUCGCUGAAUAACUGUAAAGCGUGGAACAGCCUAGAUAGUUCGACCUUGAGCGAUAGCGAUAAUUCUACGGGAGUCGAUCUGCAGAAAUAUCUCGAGGGCGGUUUGUCACCGUUCACAAUAGGACUGGAUGACACCAUAGAUGAGGAUAUUUUGAUAAACGAUGAUAUUGAUCAACCUGCGUAUUUUUCGGACGAGUCCGAUGAGGAUAUUCCCGACGAAUUAAAGCACGAAUAUGUCGACGAGCCGGACCAUACCAAAGUUAAUAAAAAGAAGUGCAAACUCAAACAAUCCGGACCUAUGGUCACAAACACGACGUUAAGCAUACUGAGAGUGUGCGGCAAGUAUCUACAGAUGUCGAAGCUUUUACGAUCAAUCGCGGUUACUGUCAUACAGAGCAUGAUACAAUUUUUCGAGCUAUGCUUCUACACAGUACACUUAUUCUUUACGUCGGAUCUCCAAAUCAAUAGCGACUCGUUAUACAGUCCAAAAUUAAAAUUAUCCUUAACGCGAAUCAGAGAAACUCUGAUUAUCUCUGAGAACGAUACAAUCGAAGAAAAUGGCAAUGCGAAUUAUGAUAAAGUAAGACAACCACAGCUUUCAUCCAUUGUGAAUUUGUCACAGCCUGAGAAACUUCACGGAUUAACGGAACGUAUUGUAGCUGUCGAGUCUCUGAUAUUUUUAGGACAGCAGUACGAAGGCCUAAGGCCUUACUUAGAGCAUCUCAUUGCCAGCAGUCCUCAGAGAGGAUUUUUGCAUCAGUUUUAUAUGCAAACGAUAGCGUCUGCUGCAGACUUGAGAAAGCCAGUCUAUAUGGCGGUAACGUCGCGAGCAUUUGACGUUGCAAGUAUUUUAAACUUGAUGAGCAAGGUCAAUUGGGAAGUGACGGACGUCAUGUCUCAACACAGUAAUUACAUCGAUGCACUAAUCCAGGAAGUUUGCACCCUGAACGAGAGACUUACCACUAUUGGAACGUACAUACCUUUAAAUGCGGAUAUAUGUAACGCAGUUUGGGAAAAUGUGGCUCACUUAAUCACGCAUACCUUAGUGGAAGGGUUCUCCAAUGCUAAAAAGUGCUCGAAUGGCGGUAGAGCUCUAAUGCAACUCGAUUUCACGCAGCUAAAGUCAAAGUUCGAGAAAGUGACGUCGUUGAGACCUAUGCCGCAUAGGGAGUACGUUGAACUGUACAUCAAAGCGUACUAUCUUCCUGAAAACAGCUUCGAAGACUGGAUUAAGGAACAUAAGGAAUAUUCAGUUAAACAUUUGGUCGGUCUGAUUUCGGCGACGUGUCAAAACAAUAAGAAAACGCGGCAACGAUUAAUAGCGCUUGUGGAGGAGCAGCGGCCCAGUAGAUAGCAUCCAACCAUUUAUUACAAACCCGUACAAGAUCAUAUCGAAAUAGCGAGUACUUGAAACGUGCGCGCACGCAUCUAUCAGGUCGGGGAUACGAUAAUCGUGUUGUUGAUUGUACAGUAAAACAAUUUUUUAAGUACGUUGCAAAACUGAUCAGAUAUAUUCGUGUUUAAACUAUCUGGUCGAAAUUAAAAUCUCUGAGAGGAUCACAAUUACGAACCAAACGAGUUACGAUUCAAUAUAUUUAUGAAGUAUUCUGUAUAUGAAUCUCAUAGUUCUAAGAACGCUUUUACAAUGUACUAACUGUAGCUCUAAUGUAUAUAUCACAAAUGUCAUUAACAUAUACAUGGUACUUUAGAGUCUAAGCAGUUAGACCACACACGCGAAUUGGUACGAUAAAAA